AUGGAAAAGUAUCCACAUUUUGAGCUAGAAAUGAGUAGCCAAAGUUCUGACUUAGGCCAGGAGCAGCUCGACGAGAUUGAGACGAAAGCUCAAGCAAAAAAUAUCAAGAGACAACUGAAUGGGUCACACAACAACUUGUCACAAGGUGCAUCUUUGACUUUGAACGAGCUUCCCUCUGAAAUCUUAGUUGAGAUAUUUACAUAUCUCUCGAUUCAAGAUUAUCUGGGCGUAGGAUGUGUUUGCCGGSGSUUCUAUUUUCUAGUACAAUGGUCAGGUGAAAUUUGGAAAACAGUGGAAAUAGAUGUUGAGCUGACCGUGGAAACAUUUCAGUGUAUAAUACUUAGGCAUGCAAAGCACUUCCGAAAGCUUGGACUGAGGUUUUCUCAAAAACGUGUGCGUUAUAACAGUCCUUACAUGUUCAUAGAAAACAGUCUUGCAAGCUGUGAAAACAUUAAAUAUCUUGAUUUAACUUACAAUACUUCUAUAAUUUCAUUAGAUUUUGUUUACAGCAUGCAUUCUUUAACAUCUUUAAAUGUGUAUGGUUGUACUAGUAUCGAUCCAUGGAAUAUGAUAGUAUGUCUUAAGCAAUGCAUAACACUUAGAGUUCUGAAUAUCUCGCGUUGCUUGCAGUUUAAAGAUGAACAUAUUUCAUCCCUAAUUCAUACAUUAAAAGAUUUCCCAUAUCUUGAGAAGUUCAAGGGGGAAUCAAUCUGCCCCUUUUCACUAGGAACUGUCAGGGACAUUUUAGGCAACCAACAUUUAAAAGAACUAGCUGUGACUCCAACAUGGGGUCCACCACCUGCUUGGGCUGAAUUAUUGAGUCAACACACUGAUAUAAAAUUUGGAGAACAUCUCAUGUCACAUCGGGCAAGGACUAACUUGCCAAACUAUUUAUAUGAAGGUGAAGAAGAUAACUUAGAUUUGUAA